CAAACAUGAACGCAUAUUCUUGUUUUGCUUUGUAAGAAUGUUCAUAUUAAUUGCUAUGUGUCAAAAUUCUGUUUAGUUUUGUUUUCUAACCUAGUAACAAUGUCAUCAUCAUCAUUGAAUCGUCCAAAUAAAAAACGUCGCCUGGAUUCUGUCAAAAAUUCUGAGGCUGGUUCAUCCAAGGAAGUCCUGCAUGUGGAAAAUAAAAGUUCUCUUUCUGGAACUUCAGAAACUGAGGAUGAAAAUUCUCAGCUUGAGAGGAAAGGAGAUUCAAAGAACAAUUUUUCCAAUGCCCCUCUCCCAUCAUUUUGUUCAGCAUCAAAGUUAAUGAAACCGUCUUCAAGACUGAGUCGCGGUUUUAAAAGUCGAAAAAGUGACCAAAAUGUUCCGACAUCCAGCGUUUCAGUUCAAGAAGAUGAAACACUCAAUCCAAAAACAGACAAUCAUGAAAAGACUUUUGCGAGCUAUUUCAAACCAAAAAAAAGUGAAUUCUCUUUUGCUAAAGUGAAAUCAAGGGCUUUUCAAAAGAACUCUACUAUUAAUUUAAAAAAUAAAAUUUUGAACUACUUCAGACCAGUUCCAUCUGCCACAAAAAAUGUGAAAAAAGUGGAAGAACUCACAGAAGGUGCUUCGUGUGAUGUGAAUGUGCCUUCUACUUCAAAAGCUGUACAGAAUAAUGAAACUUUCUUUCAGAAAGCGAAUAAUUACUAUGGACUAUUUGGAGAAUCUGAUGUUGAAGAAGAACAGGUCCCCAAGAUUGAUUAUUUUGAAAGAUUGCCUGACCAUGUAUUAGAAUCUAUUUUCUGCCAAAUUCCUUUUAAAGAUUUAAUGAAAUGUCGACAAGUCAGCAGAACGUGGAACAAUGCCAUUAAUAAUAAAAAGUUUAUGGAAUGGAAGAAAAUGUACUAUGGGACUAAAUAUGAAAGACCUUAUUAUUGCAAUCAAUUUAUUGUUCUUCGAAAUCCAUAUGGCAUCAUAAAAGCUGAAGAUUGUUUUCCAAUUUUGAUUAACUUUAUGGCCGACAGAUAUUGCAGAAAACCUGCAUCAGACAUGAGCAUUCUUCUAGCUGCAAAUCCUUUAGCAUGUCUAGCUGACGCUGUUGUUACAGAACGAUUUCCUGAGCUGCAAUCCAAGGAUACAAGGCCAUGGUGUGUUUUUGCAGUUGCUAUGAUAAUUUCAGAAAGUGUUUGGGAUGUUUAUCGACUAUACAAAUGCCUUUUUACUGAUAAAGCUGAGACCUCCAUACAUGAUGUUACAGAUGCAAUGUAUUGUGUUGCAACAUUUUUGCUGUAUUUCAAGAAUGGUGUGGGGCUAAACCAUGGGUUGCAUUAUAGAGUUUAUCAUGCACUGUACAUGAUUGAAAAUAAUCUUCCUAGUGAACCACUUAAAAAGUCGUUGAAAAUUAUGAAAGGUUUACCUGGACAGCAAAGUAUCCAUAGUUACAGUGAAUCUUCCUCCAAGACCAAUCUGACUUAUGAACAGCUGAGGAUACUGAACCAUCGUUUUCAUCCAAAUCAGAUAAUCAAAAUUGUUGCUCUAGCAGGUACUGGGAAAACUACUACAUUGUUACAUUUUGCAAGAUUAUAUCCUCAAGUUCGAUAUUUGAAUGUUAUGUUUAAUAAAGCCAUUUGUGAGGAGGCGAAGUCCCAAUUUCCACCAAAUGUGAAGUGCAAAACCGCUCAUUCAUUAGCUUACAAAGUGUAUGGCAGUCUGUUGAAACACAAGUUAGUUACAAGGAUGCGCCCUCAUGAUCUUGUCACAUUGUUAAAAUAUCAUGCUUCAUCAACUAUCCAAGUCCAUUCAUAUGCUAAACUUGUUCUGUAUACAUUAGAAAAUUUUACUGUUUCUGCUGAUCCUGAAAUCAAUAAAAGCCAUGUACCUUUCCACCACAGAGAUGUUGAUAAAAGAUUGGUUUCUGAACUAGAUAGAGAAAAAGUAUUUAAAGAUGCUGUUGAGAUUUGGAAGAAGAUGAUUAAUAAGGAUGAUACCUCUGUUAAAAUAACUCACGAUGUGUAUCUCAAGCUUUAUCAGUUGAGUAAGCCUAAAUUAUCAGAAUAUAAUUGUAUUAUGGUUGAUGAAGCUCAGGAUUGCAAUCCAGCAAUGCUAGAUGUUGUAUUAAGUCAGAAAUUGCCUGUCAUACUUGUUGGGGACCCAAAUCAGCAAAUUUAUGGUUUCCGUGGUGCAAACAAUGCCCUACAAAGUGUGUCUGCUACACACACCUACUAUUUGACAAAAUCUUUUAGAUUUGGUCCGGAAAUUGCUUACAUUGCAUCCUGUUGCUUGGAAGUUUUGAAGUUGAAUUCUCAUGAAACUCUUGUGGGAAGUGAAAAGACAUCAUACACUGAUGGUAGAGUUAUUGGACAGUAUGCAAUAAUAUCACGCACAAAUGUUACACUGUUUAAUGAAGCUGUUAGAAUAUGUUGUCUGCAAAACAGGAAGAGAUAUGAGCCUGCAGUCAUUCAUGGUGCAUUUGCUGGAGGCAUUAGAGGUUAUGGUUUUGAUCAGAUUAUCGAUAUUUAUAACUUGAGAGCAAAUUCUAGAACACACUCAAAAUUUCCUGUAAAAGACAAGUUCAUCUCCAGGUUCAAAACAUUUGCUGAUUUAAAUAACUAUGCCAAGAACGCAGACGAUCCUGAUCUUCUUGCUAAAAUUGAGCUUAUCAAUGCGCAUGAUUACAAAAUUGUGGAUUACAUUAAGACCAUAAAAGAAAAAUGCAGUCAUCCUAUAGAACUUGCCAGUAUUGUUUUCUCUACUGCUCACAAAGCCAAAGGUUUAGAAUUUGAUACUGUUUCUCUGACAGAUGAUUACCAAAUUGGAAAAGUGCCUGUUGAUAUAAAUAAUCCAGCAUGGUCUGAAGAAACUAGUGUAUUGUAUGUUGCUCUAACUCGAGCCAAAAAAUCUCUACUGCUUCCUGAAAAGUUGCUUAAAGUUCUUCAUAUAGCUCAGGAAAAGUUUGAGUAUCCUGUAUCAUCAAAAAGUGUUUUGCAAUCUGAACCAUCAUUAAAAUGCAUCAAUUGUCAAGAAGACUUUGUACCUCAUACUACUCUGGUUCUAAAGCGUCGACAAAAUCUUUUGUCUAGCAAUCGUCAAAUUAAAGGUGGCGCCUUAUGCAUGAAAUGUGGUACAGAACCUUCAACUAGACCAGAAAUAAGAGUGGAAAUGGUAGUCAUGUAUUUGGACCGAACAAAUGACUUUCAUCAUCAGAGCAUGUCCGCUCUAAUUGGUCCUUUGCCUGGUGAUCCGCCAAUUAACCGUAGUGUUGAAGUUUUCAAUGACAUGGAUAUUGUGUAUGUUAUCAAUGUGAAUGUGUAAAUAAUUCCAAAUUUGAUGUGUAUUGAGGGUUGGUUUUCUUCUGUAACCUAUGUGAUGAUUUCUUCUAAAAAUUUGAAAAGAAGUUGUGUAAAGUGUAUAUUCACUUCUUCUAUCAUGCAUCUUGUAACUUUACAAAGUUCCAAUAAAGUCACUUGUAUGCUGUUCAAUUUUCUCAGCAUAACUGAAGUUCUUUUUUCGUUUUUUAGCAUGUCCUUUGUAUUUAUCUAAUCAAAAUAUCAUAUUUUGAUAUUUUGAACUCUUGCUUUUUUUAUUUUCAAGUAAUACAUGCUUUUUGCCCUGUUAGUGCUGCAUAACUUAAUUUUCUAUUUACAACCUGGUUGGAGUUCCAUGACUAACUCAUAAAGGGAAAGGGGGGGGGGGGUAUUUUAAAAAAUAAUGAAUGAUACAAAUGUAAAAUUAAACUAUGGAGUCAUUAUUUAUUUACAUAUGUAAAAAAUAACUGUCGAUGUUGUUUUCUUUCUAUGAAUUCUUCCUUUUUUCCCCACUUGGGCACAAUAAUACACUUUGGAUCUAACAUGUUAUAUUUUAAUUUUUCACUAAACAUUUGUAAAUUUUAUGAAAUGAUACUUUUACUAAUAUGUUAUUCCUUAUCAUUUGUUCUCUCUAUUUAUUUCAACUUCAUUUACAUUGAUACUUUGAAAAUUUAUGGCUGUAUUUGUUUAUCAAUUUGACUUCUGCAUUUAAUAAAUUAUUUAUUAGCUAUGAAGUUCAUAAAUUUAUUUUCUAUAGUUCGGGACAACAAA